UCCUUCUUGUAAUCGAAUAUUAAGUAAGAGUGAGAUGAUAAACGCGAUCGUUGCGAACGUUAAGUGGAACGCACCCAUACAUGAAUUUAAAAUAGCAGACGACACGUAUCACUUAUCAGUAAACGUGGUGAUGAGCGAAUGGAGUAAAUUUUGAUACGUCAUUUUUCUACGAAUAUGCACAUUAUUUUUCGCGAAAUUUACGGGAACGAGAAAGAGAUAGUUUAUUUAAAACCAGACGAUUCGCCAGAUGAUUUCAGCGCAAGUGAAAGAAAAUUCGGUCUCAUUGAGUCACAAACCGUUCGUUCUGGGAUCGUAUCUACCUUCAAACAGAUAUUUCUGCCACAAGGAUAUCCGGACAGUGUGCAUUCUGACUAUACUGCGUAUCAAAUAUGGGACACGGUACAGGCUUUUGCGAGUACUAUAACAGGUACAUUAACGACUCAUUCUAUAAUGAAAGGAAUAGGAGUCGGAGAGUCAAAUGCUACACCUUUGGCAGCAGCAAUAACGUGGAUCUUGAAGAAUGGCACUGGGAUGAUUGGGAGUAUAAUGUUCGCAUGGUGGAAUGGAACUGAAUUAGAUGGACAAUGUAAAAAGUGGAGACUAUUUGCUGAUAUCUUAGAUGAUAUUGCCAAAGGAUUAGAAUUACUUGUGCCAUAUUUCUCCUCGUAUUCUGUUGUAAUUUUGUGUAUUUCAACGACUAUGAAGUCCAUCGUCGGUGUUGCUGGUGGAGCUACGAGAACAGCAUUGAUUCAUCACCAGGCAAUACAAAAUAAUGUGGCAGAUGUCUCUGCAAAAGACGGAAGUCAAGAGACUUGCGUAAAUCUAAUUGCAUCAUUCCUUGGAAUCUUUAUAUUAUCUUUAUUCCAUGAUGGACAAUAUGUAUUAGAACUGUAUCUCUUUCUGGUGGCAGUUCAUCUCUAUGCAAAUUAUUCGGCGGUUAAAGCAUUAUGUUUAGAUACACUUAAUGAAGAUCGUCUGGCUAUAAUUGUUAAAAAUUACAUGAUGAACGAGAAAAUUCCUGAGCCAUGGGAAGUAAAUAAGGAAGAAUCAGUAUUUCUACUUCAAAAUCCUACUAGACGCAUACACGGUUUUGAUAUAAAAAUUGGUGUAUCAUUUGCAAAUAUUUUGAAGAGGAAAAUAAUUUCACUAACAGAAAUGGAAUUUUUAUUAAAAUUUUUUGAAAACAAGCAGUACAUAAUAACGAUAGAUAUUGAAAAAAGGAAUAUAUUUGUAAUUUUGAAAAAAAAUUUACAAUCUGUUGGAAUAUUGGAAGCAUACUUUUAUGCUUCUAUGUGUGCUUUCUAUCUUUGUAUGGCAAGAAAAAUACCAAUAGAUAUGCUAUUGAAGUCUGAAACAUCCGAAAUAUCAUAUCCAUUGCUGAAUACAUAUAUCCUGCAAAGGAUAAAUACUGUUUCACAUUGGGACAUGUCAAUAACUUUACAAAGUGUCACUGCUAUAGACGUAAUCGUCUCUAAUGAGUAUAAAACUUUCCUUAAUAAUCUAAAGAUAAAUGGAUGGAAAACGGGAAUAAAUCUAUUAGCAGUUGGAGCAUGGAGGUUUUCUAUGGACAAUAAUGAAUGAUUAAACAAUUAUUUUUGAAUGAUACUAGAAAUAAAUUUUGUGUGUGUGUG